UGCGCUUGGCAGCUCUUCCUGGCAGCAGGCGGCCAUCUUGCUUGGAGCCAGAGAGAGGGAGAAGAGAGACAGAAGGAAAGGGCGACACUGCUCUCAGGGCUGCCCCGGGGGCCUCAAGAGCCGGAGGCAGCCCUGGAGGUGGUCCCUGAUCCCGGGCCCUGCUCUUGGACCCAAGAAGGGAAGGCAGGGAGCGGUGGGGGCAAGAUGGGUGGGGAAGGAUUGCUAGGCAGGGGAGGAGCGUUGCUAUGGCGACGUGGGAGAGGCGGGGUCAGGUCUGAAUCGCUGCUGUGAGUCAUCCCGGCGCUCGCUGGCAGGGCUGGGGUGAUGUCCGUAGUAACAGCCGGGUGGGGUUUCACGACAUUCUGGCGUGGAGGGACUCAGUGUCUAUGGCAACGAUUGCAUGGCAGAAGGGGCGAAACUAGAUCCCUUCGCUUGAGACGCUGACAUUCCAGGCCCUUGUCCUGCAGGCGCCCGCGGGCGGACACGCCGGAAGAGGAGGCCGGGGAAUGGCCGCGGUGUGGCAGCAGGUCUUAGCAGUAGACGCGAGGUACAACGCCUACCGCACACCAACGUUUCCACAGUUUCGGACACAAUAUAUUCGACGGCGCAGCCAGCUACUGCGAGAGAAUGCUAAGGCUGGGCACCCCCCAGCACUGCGUCGGCAGUACCUGAGGCUGCGUGGACAGCUGUUGGGCCAGCGCUACGGGCCCCUCUCAGAGCCAGGCAGUGCUCGUGCCUAUAGCAACAGCAUCGUCCGCAGCAGCCGCACCACCCUUGAUCGCAUGGAGGACUUCGAGGAUGAUCCUCGGGCCCUGGGGGCCCGUGGACACCGCCGUUCUGUCAGCCGAGGCUCCUACCAGCUGCAGGCACAGAUGAACCGUGCCGUCUAUGAGGACAGGCCCCCUGGCAGUGUGGUGCCCACGUCAGCGGCAGAAGCAAGUCGAGCCAUGGCUGGGGACACAUCGCUGAGUGAGAACUAUGCCUUUGCGGGCAUGUACCAUGUUUUUGACCAGCACGUGGAUGAGGCAGUACCAAGGGUGCGCUUCGCCAAUGACGACCGGCACCGCCUGGCCUGCUGUUCACUCGAUGGCAGCAUCUCACUGUGCCAGCUGGUGCCCGCCCCACCCACCGUGCUCCGUGUGCUGCGGGGCCACACCCGUGGUGUCUCUGACUUCGCCUGGUCCCUCUCCAAUGACAUCCUCGUGUCCACCUCACUCGAUGCUACCAUGCGCAUCUGGGCCUCUGAUGACGGCCGCUGCAUCCGGGAGAUCCCUGACCCUGAUGGCGCCGAAUUACUCUGCUGCACCUUCCAGCCGGUCAACAACAACCUCACUGUGGUGGGGAAUGCCAAGCACAACGUGCAUGUCAUGAACAUCUCCACGGGCAAGAAAGUGAAGGGUGGCUCCAGCAAGCUGACAGGCCGCGUCCUUGCUCUGUCCUUUGACGCCCCUGGCCGGCUGCUCUGGGCAGGCGAUGACCGCGGCAGUGUUUUCUCUUUCCUCUUCGACAUGGCCACAGGGAAGUUGACCAAAGCCAAGCGUCUGGUGGUGCAUGAGGGUAGCCCUGUGACCAGCAUCUCUGCUCGCUCCUGGGUCAGCCGCGAGGCCCGGGACCCCUCGCUCCUCAUCAACACUUGCCUCAACAAGCUACUGCUCUACAGGGUGGUGGACAACGAGGGGACCCUGCAGCUGAAAAGAAGCUUCCCCAUCGAGCAGAGCUCACACCCCGUGCGCAGCAUCUUCUGCCCCCUCAUGUCCUUCCGCCAGGGGGCCUGUGUGGUGACGGGCAGCGAGGACAUGUGCGUGCACUUCUUUGAUGUGGAGCGGGCAGCCAAGGCCGCUGUCAACAAGCUGCAGGGCCACAGCGCCCCUGUGCUGGAUGUCAGCUUCAACUGUGACGAGAGCCUGCUGGCUUCCAGUGACGCCAGCGGCAUGGUCAUUGUCUGGAGGCGGGAGCAGAAGUAGGAGCCUCUCAGCCCCUGCCAUGUCCACCUUCCCACCCGGCCCAUGCUCCAGCUUUGUGUUUGUAAAUAAAGUUCCUGUGGUUGUGCCGAUAGCUGGCUCCCAGGGCUGCUGGGGACAGCAUGAGGGAGAGGGCAGCUCUAGGCCCCAGGAUGGGAUGGGGUUCACUUAUUUACUCAUUCAUGCAUGCAUUGAUUUAUUCACUCAUUCAACAGCCAUUUACUGAAUGUCUGCCAUGUCAUAGGCACCACUUUAAGUUUUUACAGUCAUGCAUUGGACAGACAUUACUGAGUACCUACUGUGUGCCAGGAACUAUUCUAGGCACUGCCCUCUGGGGCUUGCAUUCUAGUGGAAGCAGGUAGAUAAUAAGACAAAAAUAUAUAAUAGGUCAGCUAAGACAUUCCUGACAGUGAAAUUUAAAGACCUAAGUGAAGUGGAAAAGGGAGCCAUAGAUAAUAUGUAAGGAGCAAGAACAUUCUAGGCAGAGAGAAAAGGCAGUGCAAACGCAGUGAGGCUGGAGUGUGCCAGAAGGAUGGUUAUAGAGGCUGGUACGGGGAAUGAGGUUGGCCAGGCCUGAUCCUGGAGGGCUUUGUGGGCCACGGUAAAGACUUGGGCUUUUUGUCUGAGAGAGGUGAGCCACUGGACAGUUUUGAGCAGAAGAGGGAUAUGAUCUGACUUGGUUGUACGAGGAUCCCUCUGGGCACUGUGAAGAGAACAGCCUGAGAGGCAAGAGCAGAAGUGGGGGACCAGUCAGGAGACCCUGCAGUAGUUCAGGUGAGCAUGAUGGGGACUCGUGCCAGAGUGGGGACAGUGGCGGGGUUAGGGUGGCAAAUGUUGGCUUCUACCACAGGGUUUCAUCCUAUGAUGUAGGGCUCUACCACUUCAGGGAAGCCCAGCGCAGCUGCUGCCUGGACUCCACACCUGUCUGAGCAACAGGUCAGGUGGUUGCCCACAAGCAUGGAGCAGAGGUGUUGAGGACUUGGAGUGCACACUGGUGUGGGAGCAACCAUGGACCCCUAAGACUUAGCUAGUGGCUCCUUCUGGGGGGUGGGAGGAGUGAUGGUUCACUCCAUCCCCAGAGGAUCCCCAGACCAUCCAAAGCUCCUUCCAUGCCCACCCAAAGUCAAGGCCUGGAACAGCUCAGAGACCACCAAGUGAUAUUCAGUAUUUGAGGGGAGUGCUGAGUGAGGAGAGAAAAUUGGAAUGUGAUGGGGAUAGAUAACCAAAGUCCCUUGUCAAUGACCCGAGUCACCAGGAAAUAUCAAAGUUGCCAGAAAUGUCAAAGAGCCUCUUCCUCUAGCUGUUCCCUUCCCUCCACCUCCAUAGGCUGCCACGUCCAGAGGCAUCAGUGGGAAAUGUGGCUACCACCUCGAGACCUCAGAGUCCACAGUCACAGACUCCAACCUGGCCCAACUUUGUUGAGCUGCUGAGCUAACACUAGCAGUCUUGUUCAAGCCACUGUUAUUUGACAGUAUGGUUACUUGCAGCCAGAAGCAUUUCUACCUAGAACAGCGGGUCCUCGAAUAUAGCACUGAUGAAAUGCUGUAGAACUUAUCUUUCUUUUAUGUCAAUUAGCCUGUGGUAAAAUUGAUUUCAUUAUGUGUCCUUUCACUUAAAGUCGCAGAACUAUUGACGACAUUAAGUGAGGACUUACUGUACUUCCAACUGACAGACCUUAUGGUAAAUGGUGUUGAGAUAGGGACAUCAGAGAGCUGGACUGUUCAUGAUCAAGAUCAUGUAUGUAUGUGUGUUGGAGGUCCUCAGAUCAACCCAGACUCAAUGAUUUGCCAGAAAGACGCUCAGUCUCAGCAUAUGAUGGUAUACACAGCUGUGAUUUCUUCCAGUAAAAAGAUACAGAGAUCAAUCAGCAAAGGGAAAAGUUGCAUGAGGUGAAGUCCAGGGGAGAACCAGGCACAAUCUUCCAUGGAUCCUCUCACAGUGGAGUCGCACAACACACACUUAAUUCCUCCAGUCCUGGGUUGUGACAACAUGUGCAAAACAUUGCCAGCCAGGGAAGCUCGUUAGAGACUCAGCACCCAGGGUUUUUACUGUGGGCUGGCCAUGUAGACAGCCCCUGCUAGGCACGUACCCAACUUUCAGACUCUCAGAAGGGAAGCAGGUAUUCACUGUAAACCAUAGUGCUUGUAUGAGCAGUUUAGGCAUAGUGAGGCCAUCUUAUUUAGAAAGUGAUGAGAACCCUUUCAAAGUCUAAGUUUCUAGAUGCCAGCCAAGGGCCAACCUUGAAGCAGGCUUUUCCAAGGAGAGUGCUUCAGGCCUGCUCUGUUAACUCUUUUCUGCACAGUAUGCCACACCAAAAAGAUGCUCAGUCUCAUUGAAGGUCGGUGGAUGGGCAAGAUCAUUUGGGAGAACCUCAUUUUUCUCUAACAUUUUCUUCUUCACACUCUAUGUUCUUUAUUGAGUCAAUUCAAGAUGGCUGAUCAUGGAUGUUGUUAUACAUGACUUUGGAGGUUUCCUCGUGCAAUUUCGAAGUGGCAGAGUUGACAUUCUGCUUUAAAGUCAUCUUCCUUAUACUUUUUUUUGAUUUAUAAUGUAAGGGAAAAAUAAAUAAGCAAAUAAUUUAAAAAAUAA